AUUUGGAGGGGGUGUUUGCAUGGAAGGUCUACGGCUCUCGUCUGUUCCUUUUCUGUCCUUUACGGGCUUCCGUCUCUCGCUCUGUCUCCGACAUCUUCGGUUUACGGACAGCAAGUUCUGGAAGGCAUUAAGGCCUCUGUAGGAUUCUUUCAAGUGCAACAGGCUAGUGGUUAAUAAAUAUUAUUCUCCGGAACAAUGGAAACAAUGGCGAGUCCAGGAAAGGAUAACUACCGAAUGAAAAGUUAUAAGAAUAAAGCACUGAAUCCUGACGAGAUGCGCCGGAGGAGAGAAGAGGAAGGGAUCCAGCUUCGUAAGCAGAAACGUGAACAACAGCUAUUUAAACGAAGGAAUGUGGAUAUGUUUGAGGAAGGUGGUGCCAUGCCAGAUGCUUCUAUCAUGGAUUCGUCUGUCAGCUCAACUACAUCAGUGGAGGGUGUUAUUUCUCGGGAAAUGGUACAGAUGCUUUUCUCUGACAAUACAGACCUUCAGCUUGCUACAACACAGAAGUUCCGAAAAUUGUUGUCAAAAGAACCCAAUCCACCAAUAGAUGAAGUUAUCAGCACACCAGGGGUGGUUGAGAGAUUUGUAGAAUUCCUGAAAAGGAGCGACAACUGCACAUUACAGUUUGAAGCUGCAUGGGCGUUGACGAAUAUUGCUUCUGGUACCUCCUUGCAAACCAAAAUAGUCAUUGAAGCAGGUGCUGUUCCAGUCUUUAUCGAGUUAUUAAAUUCAGAUUAUGAGGAUGUCCAAGAACAGGCUGUGUGGGCUUUAGGAAAUAUCGCAGGUGACAGUGCUGUGUGUAGAGACUAUGUACUAAAUUGUAACAUUCUUCCUCCAUUGCUACAGCUGCUAACUAAAUCCACAAGGCUAACUAUGACUAGAAAUGCUGUGUGGGCUUUAUCAAAUCUUUGUAGAGGAAAGAACCCUCCUCCAGAAUUUGAGAAGGUUUCUCCUUGUUUACCAGUGUUGUCCCGAUUACUCUUCAGCAGUGAUUCUGACUUGUUAGCAGAUGCAUGUUGGGCACUCUCAUACCUAUCUGAUGGUCCAAAUGAGAAAAUACAAGCAGUUAUUGAUUCUGGCGUCUGCAGACGAUUGGUGGAACUUCUUAUGCACAAUGACUACAAAGUUGCAUCACCAGCACUGAGAGCUGUUGGAAAUAUUGUAACAGGUGAUGACAUCCAAACACAGGUAAUCCUGAACUGCUCAGCCUUGCCUUGCCUUCUUCACUUGUUAAGUAGUCCAAAAGAGUCCAUACGAAAAGAGGCUUGUUGGACAAUUUCAAACAUCACAGCUGGAAACAGAGCUCAGAUACAGGCUGUAAUAGAUUCCAAUAUUUUUCCUGUGCUGAUUGACAUUUUACAAAAAGCAGAGUUCCGGACAAGAAAAGAAGCAGCUUGGGCAAUCACAAAUGCAACAUCAGGUGGCUCUCCGGAACAAAUCAGUUACUUGGUUAAUUUGGGCUGCAUUAAACCGCUCUGCGAUCUCUUAACUGUCAUGGAUUCUAAAAUCGUUCAGGUGGCCUUGAAUGGUCUAGAGAACAUCCUUCGACUUGGUGAUCAGGAAGCUAAACAGAACGGAAGUGGAAUUAAUCCAUACUGCAGCUUAAUUGAAGAAGCAUAUGGUCUGGAUAAAAUAGAGUUCUUACAAAGCCACGAGAAUCAAGACAUCUACCAGAAAGCCUUUGAUCUGAUCGAGCAUUACUUUGGAGCAGAAGAGGAAGAUGCCAGCAUUGUACCCCAGGUGGAUGAGAAUCAGCAGCAAUUCAUUUUCCAGCAAGCAGAAGCACCAAUGGAGGGUUUCCAACUAUAAUGCCCACCAGAACAUGAACAUUGAAGUGAUGGCAGCGGCCAGAGCCAUAACACAAACACACAAAUCCCCAGCUCACAUGAACAUACACAUGCACACACACAAAAUCUGAAGAUCCUGCUCGAAAGAGUUUCCCCUAAAGACAUUUUACAUUUGUCUUGUUUUUGGGUACUUGAUCCGUAAAGGGGAAAAUUAAUUUUUAAGUUGUGUAUAAUUCUGUUUUAGAUGGAGGGAGGAGUAUGGGGUAAACGUUGCACUUUUUACGUUCUCUGGUAUCGUUUUGGAAUUAAGUUUGUGUAACUUUACCUCGGUGCCUAAACAGAAACACUUCCUUAUUUAAUGAAGGAAGUAUUUUGCUGUUGCUGACUGGUAUUGUGAAGCUUCGCAUACAUUUUUUCCUUGUUUUGCACAGAAGUGCAUAGAAAAAAAACUGCGAUGCAGUCCAUAAGAACAAAAAUACCUCUGUUAAAACAUUUCAUUGUGUACUGUUUUGCCCAUUUGAGUUAUACAAUACAGACUUGUCUUUAAAAAUACCUUUCCCAUUUUUCGGGAAAAGAUUUGAGGUGGUUUAUAAACUCAUGGCAAAAAAAAAAAAAUUCUGCAGGACACAAUGUUCGUAGUAAAACCUAGUACUUUAAAAUUAAGAAAAACUAAGAUGUCCGGUGGCUCGGCUGCAGAUCAGUUCAGUCACAUCAGAGCCAAAUAUUGGCGGCAGAGGUGAUGCCGUUUAGCUUCAGAAUUUAAACCGUUUGGAAUUGGCACAAUUGUGCAAGGUGGCUUUUCAUGUUUCUUGCUACUGAUGUAACUUAAGAAGCUGUUGAAAUGAUGAAAAUGGUCUGCAGGUUUACUUAAGUUUAAUUUAAAAAUGUGUGUUCCUUUUUUCAGCAUCAUAUGUAGGGGAAGAGAGAAGGUAUAAUGCCCUCCUGGAAUGGGUGAGGGUGGUACAGCAUAGCUACCAGAUGCUGGCAGCGUAAUAUUGUUUGCUGUGUUUCUAACAAUAAUACCUGGAGGGCUUUGGCCAAGUUUUUAUUUGGUUUAGCUCUGCCAACAGUGGAACCUGUACAUUUAUUUAAAUGAGAACAAUAAAGCUAUGUAGUUUUCUACAUAUACCAUCUUAAUCUGGCUUUGAUGAAAGAUGGAAUGUAUAAUUUAAAUUUUUCAGUUAUUUGUUAAUGUAAAUAAAAUGCUGUGGCAGAGAAACCAUGGAACUUGAGUCACUGCUCUGGUUUUCUCUUCAUAUGUUUUUUUUUCUUUCUGGUCUUCUAAUUGUGUGUUAUGAUUCCUAAGCUUACCUCCCUUGCCAAAACAAACUGGGCUUUUACAUACUGAGCUUAAGUACAGCUCUGUAAAUGAAAGGCAGCCCAAUGAUAAUAAGCACUUUAAUCUUUUAAGCACUUGAAGAGGGAAGAGUUGGUAAUACCUGUUGCCCCUUUGUCCCUGUUCUAGUCACUUUGAUUUGGCCACUACAGUAAAAAUGGCUGAAGGACUGAGCAGGUCUGCACCUGCAUGUGGUAAAUUUAGUUUUGUUGAGCGUUUUAUUUGUGUUUGCUAGCUAUAAGUGCCAGAUAUGACUUGGAAAUAACAGGUUAGAAAGUAAAUCUCAUUACAUGGGAGAUGGCCACUAGAUGACAUUUUUCCAGCUGUGCUGUUUUGUCUGGGCUCUCACGAUGUGAUGUGCAGAACUUUGAGGGGAAAAAAGAUUUGCCAUUUGUUUUUACCUUAUUGAGUGCAAAAUAUUGCUGGUGUAUGAUCUAAUGACUUGAGACCUUCAUGCCUUGUGUUUAUUUUCAAAUAAACCACUUGUGCAUGCACGUGUUGUUACUUACAAGAUUUUAUUGCAUGCAGUUCUGGACACAGAACUUGCUUUGUCCUGUAAGGCAGACAAACAUUGCCCAGCAGUGGUUUUUGUGAUAUAAAAUCAGAAACGAUUAUGGAACUUUGUGCACUUAAGUUAUUUAGUGGUGACGUUAACACACUGCAUAGUGGUGUUUUUCCUUUGCUUUUUCAUUAUUUUUCGUAAUGUUUACAUCGUGAAGACUUUUUUUUGCUAUGAUAUUUCUUCAUAAUCAGUAAAUUGAAAUGACUGAAGUA